AUGAAUUAUGAACAUGGCUGGCGGUAUCGAACGUGUUCAUUUCAAAAUAUUUGUUAUGAUAAAUCAAAGCAAUUAUUUCAUUUUUAUCAACAUCCGAAUUCUUCUAGAAAACCCAUCUUGUUUGAACCCAAACGAGGUCAUCUGUAUGAUUUUCACUUCAAUAAUCAUGGUUUUGUCAAUCUUGUUGCUCGUGCCAGUCGAUACGAAUCAUGGGGCCCGACAAUUGUUGAUGAUCUAAUACCAAUAGUUAAUGUGACCAAAUUAAUUCAACCUCAUGUUCUCUUUUUACAUUGGCAUGUCAAACGAUUCAAUCCAGGACAUGUUAUUUGGGAAGAUAUUUUGGCACCUUUUCUCACAAUGGUUCGUCUUAGCGAAUAUAAACAUAAACAAGCUGUUUUAAUGGAAUAUAAAAAUUUUCCACCAGCUGAUUCGAAAUUUCGUAAACUUUACAAUGAAUUAGUACCUUCAUAUGCAGCCAAAGUUGUCUCUCUCGAUGACUACAUGAAUAGUUUCCCAACUCCGUUGGUUUGUUUCAAAAACGUGAUGGCCGGUGGUGGUACAGCUAUGUUUUCGCUUGAUCGAGAACAUUUCACUCAUGGCAAAGAAAGAAUGUUGUAUGAUUAUCGAAAUGCCAUUUUAAUUCAUCAUGGUGUUGAUUUAAGUCAGCCACCGACAAGUCAUCGAAUAGUAUUGGUCAAUAAAACUGAAACCAAUCGAGAAAGUACAAGAGGAAUUAGAAAUCUUCUAGAAGUUGAACGAUUUCUUCGACAAACAUAUCCUCGGAUCAAAAUUGAUGUCAUUAAUUGGAAAGGAAUGGCAUUUCGAGAUCAAAUGCAUGAACUACAUUCGACAACCGUGUUAAUCACACCAUGUGGAGGUGUCUCGUCUACAGUGCCAUUUCUCCCCAAAGGUGCACAUGCAAUUAUUAUGGAUUAUUAUGUGAACAAGGCUGCCUACAUACCGGGAGAAAUGUGGAAAGUGGCUGGUCUAUCAUCAGUGUCAUAA